GCCACACAAUGACUACAAAUGGCCUCGAUCAGUUUUUAACUUUGCCCUUUCAACCCGGAGCGAAUGAGCCUAUUGUGUUGCAGUUUAUUGCCGGGUGGAGAAGUUGGGUUACAGAGUACACAGCCAACAUGAUGGGACCACCUGGAAUGCCACCUCACUUCCCUCCCAUGGGAAUGCCGCCCAUGGGGCAAAGACCUCCAAACAUGGCGCCCAUGCCGCCGGGAAUGAUGCCUCCGAUGAUGCCACCAAUUGGACAGAUGCCAGGCAUGAUGCCACCAAUGAUGCCAGGAAUGAUGAUGCCACCUCGUAUGCCAGCUGCUCCAUUGCAACCUACAGGACCGCCUGGUGUAAAUUCUUCUGAUACUGCUGUUGCGUCAACAGCAUCUGGAACUUUGGCAACAAAUCCUGCUGUUUCUGGUGUCCAGCAAGCUACAGCAGCAAGCAGUUCCCCACAGGAUGAUCAACCAAAGAAGAAAUCUGUGUGGACUGAGCACAAAUCUCCUGAUGGAAGGACUUAUUUCUACAACACUGAAACAAAACAGUCCACAUGGGAAAAGCCAGAUGAACUUAAAUCCCCAGCAGAGCAAUUGCUUUCUAAAUGUCCUUGGAAGGAAUAUAAGUCGGACACAGGGAAGCCUUAUUAUUAUAAUUCUCAAACAAAAGAAUCUCGCUGGACCAAACCUAAAGAGCUGGAGGAUCUGGAAGAGAUGAUCAAAGCUGAAGAAAAUGGGACGGUGGAUGUUUCUGCCAGUUCUGUCCCUGCUGCAGCGCCUCAAACAGAAACGGUUUCCACAACAACAGCAGAUACCGAGACCGCAGUCCCUGUUGUAACGGAAGAACAACCAGCACAAGUGCCUGUGCAGACAACUGAAGAAAGUACAGACACCACUGUCAAUUCUACAGAGGAAACCCCUAAUCAGGAUACUCCAGCAAAUGAUGUUCCUAAAAAGGAAGAGAGACCGGAGCUUGUCAAGAAAUCGUACAAAUGGAAUACAAAGGAGGAAGCCAAACAAGCAUUUAAAGAACUCUUAAAAGAAAAGGGUGUUUCAUCAAAUGCGUCUUGGGAGCAAGCCAUGAAAAUGAUUAUUAACGAUCCGAGGUAUAGUGCUUUGCCGAAACUGAGUGAAAAAAAGCAGGCUUUUAAUGCAUACAAAGUACAAACUGAAAAGGAAGAAAAGGAGGAGGCUAGGAUUAAAUACAAGGAGUCCAAAGAAACAUUUCAGCGCUUUCUGGAAAAUCAUGAGAAAAUGACAUCAACUACUAGAUACAAGAAAGCUGAGCAGAUGUUUGGAGAGACGGAGGUAUGGACUGCUGUUCCAGAGCGUGAUCGGCUGGAAAUCUAUGAAGAUGUUUUGUUCUAUUUGGCAAAAAAGGAGAAGGAACAAGCAAAGCAGUUACGAAAGCGAAACUGGGAAGCCCUGAAGAAUAUUUUGGACAACAUGGCCAAUGUAACGUAUCGUACAACGUGGUCAGAGGCACAGCAGUACCUGCUAGAUAACCCUACAUUUGCUGAGGACGAAGAACUGCAGAAUAUGGAUAAGGAGGAUGCUCUUAUCUGCUUUGAAGAACAUAUACGAGCCCUGGAGAAAGAAGAGGAAGAGGAAAAGCAGAAGUCGUUGUUGAGGGAAAGACGGCGACACCGCAAAAACAGAGAGGCCUUUCAGAAAUUUUUGGAUGAGCUUCAUGAUCAUGGUCAGCUACAUUCGAUGUCUGCAUGGAUGGAAAUGUACCCAACUGUUAGCUCAGACAUCCGAUUUGCGAACAUGCUGGGACAGCCUGGUACUACACCACUGGAUCUUUUUAAGUUUUAUGUUGAAGAUUUAAAAGCACGGUAUCAUGACGAGAAAAGAAUUAUAAAGGACAUACUCAAGGACAAAGGAUUUACUGUUGAAGUCAAUACCAGCUUUGAAGACUUUGGCACCGUUAUCAGUUCAGAUAAACGAGCCACAACACUUGAUGCUGGAAACAUCAAACUCGCCUUCAACAGUUUGUUGGAGAAAGCAGAAGCAAGAGAGCGAGAGAGGGAGAAGGAAGAAGCCCGCAAGAUGAAAAGAAAAGAAGCUGCUUUUAAGAGCAUGUUAAAGCAGGCCACCCCACCACUCGAGCCCGAUUCAGUGUGGGAGAGCGUUCGAGACCGAUUUAUAAAGGAAUCAGCCUUUGAAGAUAUAACACUUGAAUCUGAAAGGAGAAGGAUAUUUAAAGAUUUCAUACAUGUUUUAGAGCACGAGUGCCAGCAUCAUCAUUCAAAGAACAAGAAGCAUUCUAAAAAAUCCAAAAAGCACCACAGGAAGCGCUCCCGAUCUCGCUCAGGGUCUGAUUCAGAGGAUGAUGACUAUCAUUCCAAGAAAAAGAAGCGAUCUCCAUCCAAAUCCCCAUCUGAGCGUUCUUCUAGUGCUGAAUCGGAGAGGAGUUACAAGAAAUCAAAGAAGCACAAAAAGAAGGGUAAAAAAAGGCGCCACAAGUCUGCCUCACCCGAGUCCGAUGGUGAAAGGGACAGGAAGGGACGGGAGAGGGAAAGGGAGAGGGACAGGGAGCGUGACAAGGAAAAAGAACGGGAAAAAGAAAAGGAGAAUGAAAAGUCUAGAGGAAAAUCCCGUUCGGAAUCCAAGCAGAAAUCUCCGAAGAGAAAGCCUACAAAGGAGGAAGGUGGAUGGGACACUUCGGGCAGUGAACUGAGUGAAGGAGAACUGGAGAAACGGAGGAGAACUCUUUUGGAGCAGCUGGAUGCACCAUGAUGUCUUGUUGUUGUUUGAGCUCAUUUACAUUUUAAUUCCUUGGAUUUUUACGAUUCCCCUUUUAAUCCCAUCCCAUAUGUGCUUGUCUUGCUCUAGCAAACCACUGGAUUCAUGUGAUCUGUAAUAGCUAUAUAUGAAUCCAAGAAUACAAUGCAAACAGAACUACUACCAGUUAAAUAUAUUGUUUCCUUACACAAGGGGAAAUCCAUCCACAUUUUCUACUUUUUUGUUAAUCUAUGUUCAGUGUAGGUUCAUAAAGUGUAACUGAUGCGUUUCAGAAUAUAUUGUUUAAUGAAAAAUGACAACCUUUUGUAUUUUUUUUAAACGUUAGUUCGAAACUAGAAUAUUUCCAGUUUAACUAAUUGAAAACAACAUUUUUGAGUUGUGGUAGCUGUAUAUAAUUGUUAGGGAUGAGCGUAACUUAAUAUCUGAAAUGGUUAUGGUACAAAGCUGUGAUAUGAGCAUAGACUAGUUCAGUUUGCUACCCAUGUGCUUUCAAAGAUUAUUUUGUUGUUCUCUUAAUUUCUCAUCAGUCCAGACAAGUCCUUGCCAAGCCCAUUUAUACAAGAUUUUUAAGUAACUGAUUCAUGUCCAAUCCACUACAUAUGUGCAACAUUAAACCUCAUCUCCAUUGACUUGAUCAUACUCUGGCAAUAUACACUUCAGUAAGACCACCCUUUUGAAAUUAUUUAGCGAUAUCCCAGUCUUUAUGCUAAAAAUAUUAUUUCUAUUUUGUUUUACAUUCAAGAUGUCUCUUUUGGUAUGCAGUGAAACACCUAUGGUAUUUUUACAAUUUAAAAAUACUAUUGUAUUUAACAGAACAUUGAAGGGAGGGCCUUUAUUCAUUUGUUGUAAUAAACCUAGCAAUUUAGGAUACUGGGCACUUCUGUAAUAUGGUGUUCACUUUAGUAUAAAUGUGAAACAUUAUUAAAUAGAAUCAUACAAAUAGAAACAAUCAGGCAUUAUAUAAAGUGUUUUUUUUUUAAGAAUGUUUUGCCCGUUUUUUAAGUAUACAUAAAGCACUGAUGAUUUGGCAUGAAUGAUCUGAUCCAAACUCUUUAAUAAAAAAAAUGACAGUUUCA